GGCAAUGUAUUCCCUGUAUAGUGCACUACUUUUGACCAGACCCCUUUGGGUCAAAAGUAGUGCACUAAAUAGGGAAUAGGUUGCCAUUUGGGAUGUAAUCUUGCUCUGUAGCGCGAGAGACAGCUAGUAGGAAGUGCAGCCCUGUUGCCUCUCUACUCAUCUCAUCAAUGCAGCUUUCAUUCUGCCUCAGAGGGCCAAGAUGGAGGCUGUACAAAAGGACCACUGGUACUUCAUGGUACUCCUCAUCUUUCUCUCCAGUCUCGAAGUUUCUGUGCAGCAGAGAGAUGGUGUUACCACGGUGAAGCUUAAGGAGGGGAUGGUUCUAGAGUGUAUGUGUCCAUGGGAAGGGAACCUCAGCAUGGUCUCCUGGACCAAACUGAUCCGGUUUGAGAAGGCCCCUGUAGCUGUAUAUCACCCUGAGUACGGAGUGUCCAUCUCCCAGUACUACCAGACCAGGAUCCAGUUCCAGAAGACCACACCCAUGGAUGGCAGUAUCACCAUCAGUAAGGUCACCCAGGAGGAUGCAGGGCUCUACCACUGCUCUGUUCAAACCUUUCCUAAAGGAUCCUGGGCGAGAGACAUACGGGUGGAGGUGGAGGACACAGGGACUGUGGAAGAGGAUGGUGCAGGUAGUGAAGCAGAUGGAGAUACUAACAUCCACACCAGAGAACCUGAGCCUGAGGUAAUCCAAGCAGACACUGAACUCAUCGCAGAGAGGAGCGAAAACCUGACUAUCAGCUGCAACCACGAACAUAACGGGACUGUGUAUGAGGUCACAGUCGAGAAGCUAGACCAUGGUAGCACCAGUGGAGUGGGCAUCAUGGCGAAGUGUCGGCUGGAGAAUGGUGGUCUGUUGGGAGUAGACUACACACACAGGGGGAUAGUGAACUGUUCAGAAAGACUGGACACAAGUCUGCAGCUCAAUGAUGUGGGCGAGGAAGAUGGAGGGUUAUAUAGAUGUCUCUUCAAUACGGACGCUGGGGUACAGACCACCACUGUGCUGCUGACUGUACUUAGCCCAGUUGAAUUCAGCCUGUCUGAGUAUCUAAUCUACAUUGGAGGGGGAGUGUCAGGACUCCUGCUGUUGCUCUCUGUCAUUGCAAUGCUGGUUGUGUGGCAAAGAAAGAAGAAGAUGAGAGCGAAGUACAUAACCAAACUGCAUCCAGCUCAGAGACGGCUGAGAAUAAAAUGGAGGUCUUGGGAAUGAAAGAUGUCUGGGCUCUCAGCAAGAAGAGGAAGAGGAGGAUGCAAAAAAUGAAAGAAUAAUGGACAAUUUACAUUCGGAAUACAGGGUUUUAGUCUUGUUAAUUUAUUAAGCCUAAUUGUCUGCGUCGGUACAAUAGGUGCUGAUACUGUGUUUCUCUGUGACUUUAAUGACCCCAUGUGGACUAAAUAACACCUACUCUACUGUGACAUGAGUUGGUCUCUUCCAGGAGUGUUUGGCCGGGAUUCAAUCAAAGGUGUGUUGUAAACAAGGGGCAUUGCACUUGACUUUUGAAGGUAAUUGACACAUGUGCCGACAUCCGCAGCGCUUGCCAUGAAUGUGAUCUCCGCGAAUGUCUGGAACAUUGACUUUUAAAGCAUAUUGCAAUUUGCUUCUCUACAAUGUGCUUUUGUUUGAACCCCUGCCAAAGCAACUGCAUUUAGCCCUGUUGCAUGUUGGUUAAAUCGGCACAGAAAUGUAUUGUCAUAAAAAAUAAAUAAAAUAAAAACAUCUUU